GGACGCUUUAACUGCCGGAAAUAACAAAAAGCUGGAUGUAACAUAACACUCGUUGAUUAACCAGGAUCAUUGAGCGCUCGAUACGUUUGCAUUGUCUUUUCUACAAAGGAAACUGUAAUGAACCGACUCAGUUUUUGUUUUUUUUAAAUCUACGAUUCGGAGUCGUUCACGGCAAUGUUUAGGCUUAAUUAUCAAUAACACAAUCGCGUAACGGUAUUAGCGUUACGUAUUUUCACGGAGAAUUAGGUAAUUUUAUGUGAUUUCUACAAAUGCGUUUCACUGAUGUCAUUCUCGUUGCGCUAAAUUGACUGACGAUGACGCUGGUUGUGUGUCGCCAUCCGGAUUCACAUUUCAUCGGGAGGACAUAAGGGAGGUUUCGGAAGGCCCCGCCCUGAACGGCACACACUCAAGAGUUCAGAGCAGCAUGGAGUGGCCUGAAGAUUUUCCCGAAGACCAAGCCUUUGUUGAGCUGGUUGUCCCUGCAUUCUCCAGUGAACUGGACUUUGAGCAAAUCGUCAAAGACACAGAAGAAAAACUCAAACUUAAUGCCAAAAGUAUUGAAGAGCAUCUGCUGGAAGUUCAGGCCAAAAUGGGAGACUCACAUACAGGAGAACGUCCGCCCAGCCCGACGGAGUGCCUGCAGUGGUUCAAUCUCAAAAUGCUUAACAAUGUGAGGCCUGUCAGCACAGGACACCAGGAGCUCAUGUCCUUCUUCACUUGCUUGCAAAAUUACCUGAGGUCGAAAGAGGAAGGAAAAGAGGAGGCAACACUGCAGCUUUUACUCAACCUUUCAUCCCAGUGUGGUAUCUGCUUCCCUUGUACCCCGUCUUCAUCCUAUUCUUUCUGUCAUCCUCAAAUCAUUGCCGCUUCCUUCCCCUUGGUACAUACAAUCAAAGAUGACUCUUCAUCAGAGAUCCAGGUAGCAUGGGACGAUGUCCGUCUUCAGCUACGCUGUCAUCUGUUAGAGCGGCUGUCUACCGAUGGCUCAGCGACUCAUGGAGUUUCUUCCUUGUCCAUCACUGAACGAGUCCACAUCCUGCAGCAGCUGUGCUUCUUGUACCCUGAGUCGGAAGUGCUCACUCAUUACCAGGGACUAAGAGGCCAGGCCACGCUGGCUCUUCUGCACUCUGCCAUGUGCUCCAGUCCAGCUGGCGUAACUGGCUUUGACAGAGUGACUAUGGCCUUCCGCUCUGUGAUCCCAGCUCUCACCCAGGCUCUCACAGAAGACCUCCAUGUCCUUCCAAGAGUAGUUGAACAACACGCCAUCUUGGGCUUCCUAAAUGCAUCCUACCUCUGCCCAAUGGCUGGUGAAUUGUCCUCAUUGAUGGAGAGAGAAUGUGAGACUGCCCUGAACACCAUGCCCGGCAGCAAGAUAAAAAGAUACUCAUCCAAAUCUCGAGCAACAGUUGCGCCAAUGGAGGUUCCCAUGAAAAGUAGAAACUUCAGUUUGACCUCCCACCAGUUAAGGGCGUUAACCCAGCUGGCCUGCACAAUGCUGGCCUAUGAGAGCAGCCUCAAAGAGAUAGUCACCAACAUGACCUUCAUUAAUUAUACAGGGGAGGCUCCCUGUAUAAAAGGCAUCUUGAAAAAGGCAAAAGAGGAGUCAGACUUGACAGGAUUAGGCAAGAUAUUCACAGCACAAACACCCAACAUAUCAGAGGUUCUGGAGUUUGACUGGAGGUCGGCCUUUAGUGGGCUGGCCCCUCAUAUGGCUCACUGUGUCGAAGUGGUCCUGGAUGAUGUUUGUACCAAGAGUCUUCAGCAGGAAGACGCCCUCCAUUCCUCAGGGCACUGCUCAAUCUUGCUGGAAAAUACAUGUGGACACGGGCGCAUCAACAAAAGAAAUAUAAAUGUCACAGAAGACAACUUUAACACGUACUCAGAGAGAGACACUCCUAACAUGGUAGCCAAGUUCUGUGUUCCGGUGGUUGAGGAGCUGGAUACCUUGCUACCCCUGGCAGCUGCCUGCAGGGACAGUUCUCUGCUGGCGGUUCGAUCAAGCUUUGUGGAGGCGUGUAGCCGGGCAGCGUUAGCCAUGCUGGGCCAUUUAGAGAAGAGAGCCCUUGAAGUCCCAUCCUCGCUACCACUCAAACAUCUGCCUGCUCUGCUGGCCACUUGCAUUUACUUGCUCCAACGAUUGGAGCACUACCAUGCACGGCUGAAGGACUCAACCUCUACUUUAACCAAAGUACACCUUAGUCUGCUGCCUGUCCAGAAGUACCAGCAAGUCCUCGAGGCCUUGAAAGACCAACUGAGCAGCUAUUGUGUCGAAGUUUGUUCCACCUGUGUUCUUCAAGAUGCGGAGAGCCACCACUGGGCUGACCCCAAACCCUUUUAUGAGGGUGAACGUUGUUCCUUCUCGGUGCAGAUGUGGUUCUACUUUCUGUGUGGUCUCCGUAGCGACUUGUGGGCUGUUGUCCCACCACAGUUGGCCAAAGAGUUGCUGGGCCAGGUGCUUUCAGAGACAUUACAGGUCCUGGUGCAAAGAUAUGCCAGGGCCCAGCCUUCAUAUAAGAGACACCUGCAGAUAAGAUAUGACAUCACAGCAGUGCUGCUGUUCGUAGAGCAGCUGAUGUGGAGCGUGUGUGAAAGUCCUGAAGACUUGAUCCGCCGCGACACUUCUUCAGCGAUCACUAUAAUAGCGGGCGGCUCCGACUGGCCCUACCAGAUCCACAGCUUAUGUGAACAACUUCUUACAGUUCUCGUCAUUGCCACAGCACCGCUACCUUUGUUGUAUAGGACGUUUAUGAAUAACCAUGCAAAUAAGUCAACAUCACACCAGCUGGACAUGCCGGUGGUCCACUGGCUAAACGCUUUAAAACCAGAAGUAUUCACAGAGCAAGCCAUCCAAGAUGGCCUUAUGGGCCAGGAAGCCUCCGCAUGUCAGCUCAGGCUGCUGACCUCUGACCCAGGAAGCAAUCCCAGGUUGCUACUGAGAAUGCUGCUUCACAGAGACUGUCACCUGCCGCGUAUGCUCCUGGAAAAUUCUCUUUUAUGCCAAGAGAGCCACCUCGAAGUAUCUACACAGGAUUGCAAGGCAGGAGAUGCUUUCAUCAUUGCACUUUUCAACAUUUGUACCUGCCUGAAUGAAAUCCCAAAGGCCUUAACUCAGGUCCUUCAACCAUACCUGGAGAGCGUGCAUGUAUGGGAACAUCUCUACACUGUGGCAGAAACAACUCAGAAAGUGCCCGUCGUGGUCGACUGUAUCCGGGUCAUAGUCACCAAGUCCACUAACACGCUUCUGACACACCUGGUUACCAUGGUGACAGACUGGCAGGCUUCAGAGGAGCCCAGCGGAGCCUCGUGGGUGAGAGAUGUUCCAGAAAGUGUCUUGGCUAAGGUGCCCAAAGGCUGGAACUACACGCCAGUGGAAGCACAAGGAAGGGAGACUGCCUGUUCUAAGAGUAAGCAAAUAACUGUCACAUCCCUCGCCAUUCAAGCCAUGUCCUUCAUUUUCACUAACCUGCCGCUGGUUGUAGCGUCCUUGCCCCUCCCCAUCCGCUAUCUCUUCCAAGUGGCAGAGAAGCAUCUUUCUCAGCAUGCCCGACAGCUGCGCUCGAUGGGUCUGUUGCUGUGGUUCCUCUUUAACUGCCUGAUCCACAGUCUCAGGGACCUUCACACACUUAAAGAAAUCAGCGGGCUAGCCCUGAACCGUCAUGCCAAGGACCGCCUGGCCCUGUUGGCUGAGUGUCUUCAGGUUUCAAUGGGGAUUCAACAGAAGGUAAAGGGUGUCCCCAAACCCACAGUGCACAAGGUGCUGCAGGCUCUGGAGGAAAAAAGACCAAAGUGGAUGAACAUGCAGCUGCAAAAGGCCCGCAAACUCUGCAUAAACAGCGUCCAAGAGCAAGGCAAGGAAAGCGGAGUGGCUGGAGCCGAACUGACCGAGCAGAAAAUGGGCCUGAUGCUGCUGGAGGUCUGCCACAAAGCAGGGGGCAGCGACUACCUGGGGCACAUCCAUCACAUCAUCCAAGGCAAUGAGGAAUUGCUGAUGUCUAAAUUGAGCAGUAACACUGACCUGCCCUGCGAUCCUCUUUACUUGGUGAGCUUCGACGUGAGCAAUCAUGUGCGCUCCACCAAAUUCAACCCAUUGGAUCAGUUUGACCGAAUUGGCAAAAAGAAGCUGAAUCAGGGUGCAGUGGUUGAUUGGGAAUGGGAAUGGCCAAGGUUGCUGCCUACGUAUCAGGACAUGUGUCAGCUGACCUUCAAAACUCUGUUGGCCAACAGGUGGGAGAUGCAGGAUGGUGCAGAGCUGGAGGACGAUGAGAGAAUGAUGGUAGAAGAACUCCAACGAGCCUAUUUUGUUUGUCACUGCGACGCGGAACUGCAGGAGUCUCGUGAAGCAGAUGAAACGACGGUUGAGCAGACACAAGGGGAGCCGCAACCAUCCGAUAAAACUGCUGCCCAAUAACAGCCUGGGCAGUUGGAAUUUUUAUCAUGUUGUAAAUGUUUAGUUGUAAUACACACUUGCGGCUCUCAAGGUAUUAGAGUGUGUCCGUGUGUUGUGUGUACUGUAUAAUGCAGGUGUCUACAGUAUGAAUGUGCAUUGUGUGACAACGGAAAGAGUGUUCUUCAGUCUAACUGUGUCUCUUGUUCUCCACACUGCAGCAGUCACAUUUCAUCUUUUUGGAGCACAUCUCCAGACAUCAAUUCUGGGAAAUGGAGAAGGCACAUUUGUUUGCCCGGUACAAGAUGGGACUGUGUGAUCAUUGGAGGUUUUUAUUUUAUUUUUUAGACAGUGUUGUGUAAAGAUGUUGGCGUCAGCAUACUUAUUUUAUUUUAUUUUUUUGCUUUCUGGAAAACAAAAAAAACAAAAAAACGAUUGGGAAGAGAGAUGAUGUUUGUUUUUGAUUGCAGCCUGUUCCAAAAUCUAGUCCACUCUGUAAUGUCUGUCAGUAUUUUGCAACCACAGAAAAAAAGUAUUUUCUAUGUUGUAAGAUUAUGAAAUUUAUAUUUUUUUAAACAUUUGACAUAUUUUGUGAUAC